AUGAUAACUGGGCCAACACCACAGCAGAUAGCUGCCAGGCAGGUAGUUUCUAAGGAAUUGCCAGUUUUUUCGGGCGAUCCACUCGAUUGGCCGUUGUUUAUUAGCAGUUUCCGACAUUCAACUGAAACUUGUGGCUACUCUGAUUCGGAAAACUUGUUAAGACUUCAGAGAUGCCUCAAAGGAAGUUCUGAGCAGAUCGUGAAAGUUAUGGUCACGAAACUAAGAGAAACUCCGGCUCCGAAAGCAAAUCGAAUGGAUACGUUGGUGAAAUUUGGGUUGACAGUGCAGAAUUUAGCCGCUCAUUUAAGGGCAGUUGGACAGGAAAGACAUCUGUCUAAUCCAAUUUUGCUGCAGGAGCUGGUGGAUAAGUUACCAGAUGCAGUAAAAUUUAACUGGGCCUUGUAUCAACAACAAUUACCAGUAGUGGACCUAAGCACAUUCAGUGACUAUAUGGCAAAAGUUGCUUCGGCUACGAGUACAAUAGUGUCAUGUGACAUGGAUUCAAAACAUGUUCAUCGAGAUGAUCGUAGACCUAAAGAGAAGGGAUAUGUCAAUGCACAUGCAGUGGAGACGGCUCAGUUCUCCCGUGAAACGGCAGAUGGAAAACAACGGAUCCAUCCUUCGACCGAAAUAAUCAAAAAGUCAUGUUCUGUUUGCAGCGGUGGCAAUCAUCAAGCAACCAACUGUGCUACAUUUAAAAAACUGUCUGUUGAUGAGAGGUGGAAGAUCGUCAAAGAUCGCAAGCUGUGUCGACGGUGUCUCAUAGCACAUACUCGAUGGCCUUGUAAAGGAGAAAUCUGCGGUGUAGGAGGAUGUCAAAAGCGCCAUAAUCGGCUCCUGCAUUAUGACCCAUCAUCAACUGAAUCGAAACCUGGUGUUUCAGUGAAUGCCACAGUCACAAUUCAUCGUCAGUCAGCAGCAUCCACUCUGUUCCGUGUGAUUCCUGUAACUUUAUAUGGUGAGAAAGGACAAAUUAACACACAUGCGUUUUUAGAUGAUGGUUCUUCGGUCACGUUGGUAGAACAAGCGAUUGUGGAUUCGUUGGGUGUGGAAGGAAAGACCGAAUCGCUCUGCAUUCAAUGGACAGGUGGAAUAAACAAAACAUUCUCGGGUGUUCAGCGCGUGAAAAUGAAUAUCUCGGGAGUUGGUAGUAGCAAACAGUUUGAUAUUUCUGACGUGUAUACAGUAGCGAGCCUUGGUCUACCAGAGCAGACGUUAGAUUUCGACGGCAUGGUGAAUCAAUUCAAACAUUUGCGAGGAUUGCCGAUAAAAAGUUUCAAACAUGCUGUUCCUGGGAUUCUCAUUGGUUUGAGUAAUACCCACCUGUUAGCUACACUGAAGUUACGCGAGGGUCUUCCUCAUGAACCGAUUGCCACGAAGACUCGCCUAGGUUGGACGGUAUAUGGAAGUGUAGUAGGAGCAGAAGCACCGUUUAACCAUCGACAAAUGCACAUUUGUGCUCGAAAUAAUGAUCAAGAUCUUCAUGAGUAUGUGCGCAGCUUCUUUUCUGUAGAAAGCCUCGGCAUAACGAUAGCCCCAGAAAUCGAAGGAUUGCAAAAUCAAAGAGCGCGACAGAUUCUCGAGUCAACUACAAUACGUACAGCGAGUGGGAGAUUUGAGACCGGACUUCUAUGGAAGCAAGACGAAGUGGAGUUCCCUGACAGUCGACCGAUGGCUGAAAAACGUUUACGAUGCCUGGAAAAACGAUUGAAAAAGGAUCCAUUUCUGUACGAUAAGGUACAACUACAGAUCGAAGAGUUUCAACAAAAGGGAUAUGCGCACAAAGCCACCGCAAAUGAACUGGCUUCAUUCAACCCUAACCGUACAUGGUAUUUACCCAUCGGAAUUGUUUUAAAUCCCAAAAAACCAGAGAAAGUGAGAUUAAUUUGGGAUGCUGCAGCUAAGGUCAAAGGUGUGGGCUUAAACACAAUGCUCCUUAAAGGGCCAGAUUUAUUGGCGCCAUUAUUGUCUGUACUGUUCCAAUAUCGUCAGCGGAAGGUGGCAAUAUGCUCCGAUAUCAAGGAGAUGUUCCACCAGAUUUUAAUCAGAGAGGAAGAUCGUAGUGCGCAGCUUUUCCUAUGGAGAAAUAAUCCUGAAGACGAAUUAGAAUCUCAAUCCCAAUAUGUCAAAAAUUUGAACGCAGCUGAGUACGAAAAUGAAUACCCCAAAGCAGUGGAAGCUAUAAGAAAGAGACACUACGUAGAUGACUAUUUAGAAAGCGUGGACACAGCAGAUGAAGCUGUUAAAAUAGCUUUGGAAGUCAGUUAUAUACACGCUAAAGCUGGAUUCUUGAUCCGUAAUUGGAUUUCUAACGAUCGAUCGGUAUUGAGAAUAAUUGGGAAAUUGAAUCCAACAGCUGUUAAACACUUUGUCCCUGACAAGGAGAACACAUUCUCGUCCGAACGUCUCCUUGGAAUGGUCUGGUUACCGGAUACCGAUGUUUUUGCCUUUUCGUUAAACUUUCGUGAGGAUGUGCGACGACUGAUAAUAGGAGAAAUUGUACCCACGAAAAGAGAGAUGUUACGAGUGGUCAUGAGCAUCUAUGACCCACUCGGUCUUGUGGCAUCAUUUGUGAUUGAAGGAAAAGUGAUAGUUCAGGAAGUUUGGCGAGCCAAAAUCGACUGGGAUGAUAAAAUAUCGGGAAAGGUGUUUUGUCGCUGGAAGCAAUGGCUUGGUGUACUCCAUGACCUUGAUCGUGUAAAGAUACCUUGUUGUUACUUCCCCUCAUACCAUGUUGGCAGCUUUGACACACUUCAGCUCCACAUUUUUGUUGAUGCCAGUGAAGAAGCAUUCGCAGCAGCAGCAUAUUUUCGAAUUGUCGAUCGAGGGCAUGUGCGAUGUGCUUUAGUUACCUCUAAAACAAAAGUAGCGCCUCUACAACCACUGUCAAUCCCGCGACUAGAGCUCAUGGCAGCCGUUAUCGGAGCUCGCAUGAGAAAAACUAUUGAAGAGGGACACACACUUUCUGUUAAACGUACCUAUUUCUGGAGUGAUUCAACUACUGUGAGAUCAUGGAUAAAAUCCGAUCUGCGACGGUACAGGCCGUAUGUGGCUUUUAGAGUGAACGAAAUACUGAGUCUAUCAACUGAGCACGAGUGGAGAUGGGUUCCGACGCGACAGAAUCCCGCAGACGAAGCCACAAAAUGGGGUAAAGGCCCAGCUUUCGAUAAUGAUUGCCGAUGGUACAGAGGUCCCGACUUUCUAUACGACAACGAAGAAGAAUGGCCGAAGGAUCCUAGUGAUACCCAUGAAACAGCAGAAGAAUUACGUCCUGCUUAUGUGUUUGCACAUUUCAUUCUUAAACCUAUUAUCGUCUACGAGCGUUUCUCGAAGUGGGAAAGAUUGCUGCGAUGUGUGGCAUAUUUGCAUCGUUACAUAGGAAACUGUCAACGUAUGCGGUCCAAGGAACCUCGCCAAACUGGUAGUUUGACAAGAGAAGAACUACAAAAAGCUGAGAGAAGUCUGUGGCGUUCAGUACAAGCUGAAGUGUUUCCGGAUGAAGUUGCUACGUUGAAACGCAAUUUACAAGUAGAAAAAGAAAAACGAAGACCGUUGGAAAGAGGAAGUCCCAUCGCAACAGCGACACCAAGAGUCGACGAUUAUGGAAUUCUUCGAGUGGACGGCCGAAUGGAGAACGCAGAUUGUAUUCCAUAUGAAGCGAAAUAUCCUACUAUCCUUCCGAAAGAGCAUCGUGUUACAAAACUACUACUGGAUUGGUACCACCGUAAAUAUCGCCAUGCCAAUGAAGCAACCGUGUUGAACGAAGUCAAGCAAAAAUUCUACAUCCCGAGACUCAGAGUUCAAAUUCGUUUGGUUAAAAAGCAGUGUAUGUGGUGUCGAGUACAUAAAACAGUUCCUGUAGUACCUCAGAUGGGACCAUUGCCACGUGUUCGAUUGACCCCAUUUGUCCGCCCAUUCACUUUCGUUGGAAUCGAUUUCUUUGGACCAUACCUAAUAAAAAUAGGAAGAAAUGCAGUCAAACGAUGGGUAUCAUUGUUCACAUGCCUAACUGUCAGAGCUGUGCACCUUGAAGCCGUUACAAGUCUAUCCACCGAUUCAUGCAAAAAAGCUAUACGCCGUUUCAUCGCACGCCGAGGAGCCCCACAAGAGAUAUUUACCGACAACGGUACCAAUUUUGUUGGCGCGAGUAGAGAACUGAAGGAAGAAUUGCAUAAAAUGAAUACAGAAUUAGGUGACACCUUUACAGAUGGCUAUACACAGUGGCGUUUCAACCCACCAGCGGCACCACAUAUGGGGGGGAUGCUGGGAAAGAAUGGUGCGAUCGGUGAAGGAAGCGAUGGGUUCACUCCCAACCGAGAGAAAACUUGA